AUGUAUGAAGAAAUUGCUAAGGAGUUAAGACAAAAAACCAAUCAAAAUAUAACAGGAUCAAAUUGUGAAAACAGAUGGAAACAUCUGGAGAGAAUGUUCAAGAAAUAUGUGGACAACAACAAUAAAACUGGAAGAGGAAGAAGAGAGUUGGAGUAUGCAGAAGCAAUGGAAGAUGUUUUGGGUAAAAAACGAAACAUUCAUCCUGUUGUAUUAUUGUCAUCCGACACAGUUAUUCAUCCAACAACACAGGUGGUUACAGGAGAUAAUCCUGAAAAGGAAAAUCUUCUAGAAUUUCCUAAAACCAAGGAGCUACUCAGCACGAGCAGCAAGGCAACUGAUGUAACAGCUCCUCAAAGGAUUACAAAUAUGAAUAAAAAUAAAAGGGUUAAAGUUACAAUUUUAUCUGAAAUUCGGAAAGAUAGAAAAGAAUUUUACAACAAACUUUUGGAAAUUGAGGAGAGAAAAUUCACAGAAAAAAAAGAAAAAAUGACAUUCUACAAGAAAAAAAUGAAUAAAACAAUAUUUAGAAAGAUCUAA